AUGUCGUCCGAAAGCCCCCCGCCGCUCAUCGGGCGAAUUCUCGGAAUGUUUGAGCCAGCAUAUCUCUUAACUUGGGCGAUGUCGCACUAUAUCCGAGUUUGCGCCGAAGCAGUCUUCAAAAAUGGCCAGCUCCUUGCCCCAUUUACUCAGACGCGGAGACUCCGCGAUGAAGCAUUUGGAAGAUUCUGGAUCGAGUUCAGCACACCCCGCCAAAUGUCCUCCGACCCAAACAACAAAGAGAUCCCCGAGCUAGUGGGCUCCUCAGCUCUAAUCCCCCCAAUCCUCCGCACAGCCUCAGGGAUAGUCCUUGACAUCGGCCCAGGCACCGGCACGCAGAUGCCACUACUCACCUCACCAGCAAUAACAGCCCUGUACGGCGCCGAGCCAUGCAAAAGCCUUCACUGCUCUCUCUCCACAAAAGCGCAGGCAGAGAAAAUCUCAUCCAAAUACCACAUCGUGCCUACCGGCGUAGCAGCCGACGAACUGAUCCCCGCAUUGCGGGCGACGGGCACGGGCGUCGUGGACGCGUACGAUCUCGACCCGUGUGUGGGCAUCUUCGACACGAUCCUGUGCGUGCGGGUGCUGUGCUCGGUGCCGGAGAUGGAGCGCACGGUGGAAGAGCUGUACCGAAUGCUUCGGCCCGGUGGGCGGUUGCUUGUUACUGAGCAUGUUGUUAACCCGUGGCGGCGGGCGAAGGGGUCGCUUUUUGCGCGGGUUGUGCAGGGUUUGUAUCAGGUUCUUGGGUGGAGUUGGUUUAUUGGGGAUUGUUGCUUGAAUAGGGAUACUGAGGCGGCUUUGAGGGCUGCGGCUGAUGUGGAUGGCGGGUGGGAGAGGGUUGACUUGGAGAGAAAUUUCGAGUGGUCGGUUAUGCCUUAUAUUUCUGGGACUCUGGUUAAGAAGGGGGUCUAG